AUGGCUGCCCAGGAUGAACUCAAUCAACUGGAGCGUGUGUUCCUUCGCUUGGGUCAUGCAGAGACUGAUGAUCAGCUUCAGGACAUCAUCUCCAAGUUUCUACCACCUGUUCUCCUGAAACUCUCCAGUGUUCAAGAAGGGGUGCGGAAGAAGGUUAUGGAAUUGUUGGUUCACCUCAACAAGCGGAUAAAAAGCAGACCGAAGAUUCAGCUUCCUGUGGAGACGCUGCUGGUGCAGUACCAGGAUCCUGCUGCUGCUUCUUUUGUUACAAAUUUCACCAUAAUCUACAUUAAAAUGGGCUACCCUCGGCUAGAGGUGGCAAAACAAUGUGAGCUGGCCCCGACCCUCAUCACUGCCAUGGAGGGCAAGCCCAAGCCACAACAGGACAGCCUCAUGCACCUGUUGAUCCCAACGCUUUACCACAUGAAGUAUUCAGCUGACGCAUCCAAAGGUUUGUCUCCAUUUAACUUAACCGAGAGGCCAAAGACGAUGCACCUUUUACUGGAAUUCAUGCUGGAUGUUUUGCUCAUGCCUUAUGGGUUUGUGCUGAGCGAGUCUCCCACUCGGCCCGCUCCAUCCUCCUCCCAGGGAGGUUCAUCGGAUGGGGCGGGUGCUGGAGGUGGACAGGGUCUUCCCCAGCCUCCCCCAGGGCUGAGUGUCUAUGCUGCGAAGAGGGUGAUUGGAGAAGCCCAGUGGAACGCAGAGCAGCUGGAACAGUGUAAGCUGGGCAUAGUGAAAUUCAUCGAGACCAAACAGGUGCCUGAGGUGGAGUCGGUGGUUCAUUUGGCAGUAGCUUCAAGUGACACCAGACACAGUGUGGCCACAGCAGCCGACCUGGAGCUGAGGAGCAAACAGAGCAUCAUUGACUGGAACAAUCCUCUUAUUAUCAACAAGCUGUUUAAGGUUUAUCUGGGAGAUGUUCCUCUUAAAUCAAAGGGUGGGAAUAUCAAACAGGAGCUAAAACAUGAACCAGUGAGUACUAGAGUCAAACUAAAGAUCCUGCCACAUCUUCUACGCUCUCGCCUGGCAGCAGAGUGCUUCCCAGCCAACAUCCAGGUUGUUUAUGACGGUCUUUUUGGGGCCAACACCAACAACAAACUGUUGUCUCUCACAUUACAGUUUGUCCAUCAUAUCUGCAUGGUUUGCCCCGACACCAACAAGCCUUUAGGACUAAUGCUGCUCAAUGGUCUGACUAAGCUCAUCAAUGAAUAUAAAGAGGAUCCUAAGUUAUUGUGUGUUGCCUACUCUGCUGUUGGAAAGCUCUCCAGUCGCAUGCCUCAGCUUUUCACAAAGGACAUUGCUCUUGUGCAGCAGUUUUUUGAGUCCAUGUGUAAGGAGGAGCCAGAUGUUCGCCUCGCCAUUCAAGAAGCUUUAUCCAUGAUGGUAGGAGCUUAUGCAAACCUGCAGGGCGCUCUGCUGAACCUAAUGGAAGCCCUGGUGGCUGCAUACAUUUCAAAGCCGGAGGUGCAGGUUCGGCAGGUGGCCAUGAAGUUUGCCAGUACGGUGUUUGCUCCAGACCACGUCCCAUCCAGAUACCUGCUGCUGUUAGCUGCUGGAGACCCGAGGGAGGAAGUGUCUGCAGAGGCCCAAAGGGUGCUGAGGGGUUUUCCUUCAAAGAACUCUGAGAAGGAGGGAUCAAAGCCAAUGCCGUCCUUCAAUGACAUGGUCUCCUACAUCCAGGAAAAAGCAGCUCAGAGGAUUAAAACCCCUGCAAAGUAUAUUGUGGGAACCUCCACAAUUCCAUUUAACCCAUCUGCGUUUGGAGAGAUCAUGUUGUACCUGAGGAUGUGUCUGGCUCACAGUGCCGGUGCCAGGCCAAUGUCCACCCGCUUGUUGGACAUGCAGGACGAUGCUCCUGCUAUCGGGCGCUAUGUCCACUCUCUGCUCUCAGCUGAACCUGUGCCAAAGGGCCUGGAGGCGAAUCCUGUACAUGUUUAUAUGGAUCUUCUGCAGCAGCUUCUCUCUGCUGUGGGAGGAAUCCCAGUCAUGUACUGUUUACUAGAGGUGGUCUCUGUCUGCCCAGACAAACUCGCCCCCAGAUUUGCUGAUAAAAUCGACUGGAUUAAAAGUUUGAUGAACACAAAUAAGGAGGACAUGAGGGAACUCGCCGCCCAGCUGUAUGCCGUGGUGAUCUCCACCAUGACUGGCAAUGAGCUGCAGACAGCCGUUCAGAAUCUGGUCAAAAUCACUAAAGACAACCAUAGGCCUGAGACUCAGCAUGGCGCCAUCUUGGCUCUGGGUUACAUGGUGGGAAGGAAUCUGAGCAGAAAGAAAGCCACGGAGGAAGAGAGGAGCAUCACUUCCCAGGAUGAUGACAAGCUAGUUUCCUUGGCGACUAAGACAAUUGGCUCCUUCCUGGACAGCAGCAGCGCCAUGUUGGCCGUAGCAGCCUGCACCUCUCUGGGAGAGAUCGGGCGGAAUGGCCCCCUGCUGAUCCCUGCAGAGGGAGAGGGCUUGACCAAACUGUCCAUCGUGGAGAACCUGCUGGCUCGCAUCACUUCUGGCAAAGAGAGCUUAAAGAUGAAGGAGCGCUCCAUUACAACCCUGGGUUAUCUUCCAGUGGGAGACGCAGACUUCCCACAUCAGAAGAAGCUGCUGCAGGGCUUGAUGGACUCGGUGGAGGCAAAGCAGGUAGAGCUGCAGUUCACAGUUGGAGAAGCCAUCACCAGCGCCGCUAUAGGAACCUGCUCUGGAGCCGCCCGGGACCCAUGGACCUGCACAGAGGACCAGUACAGCCCACAACACAAUGUUAAAAGCAACGAUGUGGUCCCUUGGGUGCUGAACUCCAUCCUGUCCAGGUAUAUUCCCAGCCAGAACCCUCAUGUGAGGCAGGCGGCCUGCAUCUGGCUGCUGUCACUCGUCAAAAAACUGAGCCACCACAAAGAAAUCACUACCCAUCUGAAGGAGAUCCAGGUAGCCUUCAUCUCUGUUCUCUCAGAUCCCGACGAGCUGAGUCAGGAUGUUGCAUCUAAAGGUCUUGGGCUCGUUUAUGAGAUGGGGGGUGAGGCCGAUCAGCAGGAGCUGGUGUCCACACUGGUGGAAACACUUAUGACUGGAAAGAGGGUGAAACAUGCAGUCUCUGAGGAUACCGAGGUGUUUCAAGGAGAGAGUUUGGGAAAAACACCUGAUGGCCAAAGCUUGUCCACUUAUAAGGAGCUCUGCUCAUUGGCUAGUGACCUGAACCAGCCGGAUCUGGUCUACAAAUUCAUGAACUUGGCGAACCACCAUGCCAUGUGGAACUCGCGCAAGGGAGCAGCUUUUGGUUUCCACAUGAUCGCUGCCAAGGCGGGGGAGCAGCUUGCUCCCUUCCUGCCACAGUUAGUGCCUCGCCUGUACCGCUACCAGUUUGACCCAAACCUGAGCGUUCGCCAGGCUAUGACUAGCAUCUGGGAUGCGUUGGUCACUGAUAAAACCCUAGUGGAUAAAUAUUUGAAGGAAAUCCUGCAGGACGUCAUCUCCAACCUGACCAAUAACAUCUGGAGGGUGCGCGAGUCCAGCUGUCUAGCCCUCAACGACUUGAUCAGAGGCCGUCAGGCUGACAACCUCAUUGAUUAUCUAGCAGAGAUUUGGGAGACACUCUUCAGAGUCCUGGAUGACAUUAAGGAAUCUGUACGAAAAGCUGCAGACUUGACACUGAAAACGCUCAGUAAGGUGUGCAUUCGUAUGUGUGAGUCUACCGGCUCUGCAGCUCAGAAAACUGUGGCUGUGAUGUUACCCACCCUGCUGGAAAAGGGCAUCGUUAGUAACGUCUCCGAGGUUCGCUCUCUCAGUAUUCAGACAUUGGUGAAGAUCAGUAAAACUGCAGGUGCCCGGCUAAAGCCUCAUGCUGCUCGGUUGAUUCCAGCCCUGCUGGAAGCCCUCAGCACUCUAGAGCCGCAGGUCCUCAACUACCUCAGUCUCAGAGCCACUGAGCAGGAAAAGAGUGCCAUGGAUGCUGCAAGGCUUAGUGCUGCCAAAUCUUCUCCAAUGAUGGAGACAGUCAACAUGUGUCUGCAGCAUCUUGAUGUUUCUGUGCUGGGAGAACUGGUUCCCAGACUCUGUGAGCUGCUCAAAAGUGGAGUAGGCUUGGGAACAAAGGGAGGCUGUGCAAGUGUCAUUGUGUCCCUUGCAGUGCAAUGCCCCCAGGACCUAACCCCAUACUCAGGUAAACUGAUGAGUGCCCUGCUCAAUGGCAUUCAUGACAGAAGCACAGUGGUACAGAAAGCCUUUGCCUUUGCUUUGGGACACCUGGUCAGGACAGCAAAGGACAGCAGUGUAGAAAAACUACUACUGAAGCUCAGCAACUGGUACUUGGAGAAAGAAGAACCAGUUUACAAGUCAUCGUGUGCGUUAACAGUGCACGCCAUCAGCCAUUACAGCCCAGAUGUGCUGAAGGCCCACGCAGGCGUGGCCCUACCGCUGGCCUUCCUCGGCAUGCAUCAGGCACCGGGUCCUGACGAGGAGAAAGGGGAGGGUCAUGAUGCCACCCUGUGGUCGGAGGUGUGGCAGGAGAACGUUCCAGGGAGCUUUGGGGGCAUCAGGCUCUACAUGACAGAGCUGAUCACCAUCACCCAAAAAGCCCUGCAAUCUCAGUCCUGGAAGAUGAAAGCUCAGGGUGCGGCUGCCAUGGCAACUGUUGCUAAAGAACAGACGGGGUCAUUGGUGGCGCCACACCUCGGUUUGGUGCUGACGGCUUUGAUGCAGGGACUGUCUGGGCGAACAUGGGCUGGAAAGGAGGAGCUGCUGAAAGCCAUUGGAUCCGUGGUGUCCAAGUGCAGUGUGGAGCUCAGGAAGCCCUGCAGCGGCCAGCCCACCAUCCCUGAGGUGCUGGAUGUUGUGUUGAAAGAAUGUCGUAAAGAGAACCUGGUUUACAAAAUGGCUGCCCUGCGCUGUGCUGGAGACGUUCUCCAAAGCAGCCAGGAGGACCGUUUCAGGGACAUGGCUGACAUCCUUUUCCCUCUGAUCAAGAAGAGCUGUCCAGAGAGCGGCGGUGCCUCUCCCAGAUCUAUGGAAGAUGAUGAUGAUGAUGACGACGAUAAAGGUGUGAAAGAUAAGGCGCUACAAACUGAAGCGAUGCUCUGUGCUUUUGAAACACUUGGAAAGACAUGGCCAAGAAAUCCACAAACUCAAGCCCAUUUCCAGUCCGAUCUGUGCACCCUGAUGUCUGGGAAGCUUAAACUGAGCACAUGGAAGGUGCAGCUGGCUGUUCUUCAGGCCAUGAAGGCAUAUUUUGAAGGUUUGUUGUUGCUUGAGAAGGGUAACGGGGAGAUGAAUGCACUAUCACAGAUCCUCACUGAAGCCUGUACUGCUCUCACAUAUCCUUUAGAAAAUAAAAGCUACUCCUCAGUGAGGACAGAGGCCUUAUCUGUUGUGGAUCUGAUCGUUAAGAGAACAGGAGAGAGCGAGCAGUGGGACUGCAUGUCUGCAAGGAGCCGGGAGCAGCUGCAGCGCUCGCUGUCAACGCUGCAGUCCGACAGCCGCCCUGAGCUGAGGGAUAAGGCCCAGGAGCUGCGCAGACGCAUCCAAAGCCAACCCUGAGCCAGCGUCUUUUAUGAAACAUGUUCAUCAACAAAACAAACCACCUGCUAGUACAUAUCUUUCUGAUUUAUCUGUGAUACAUUUGUGUUGUUAUAAUCUACUCAUUGGAUCCAUCUAGUCUGUGACGGUGCUCUGGUUGAACAUGUCGGGAUGCAAAGCUCCAACAAUAAUGAGUGAAGUUUCAUUUGUUUGGUUCAUUUUAGUGGAAAGUGAGUUGAUGAGAAAUGUUUUAGAAACCACUGUGCCGGCUAUGUGGACACUAUAAAGCUUUAGCCCCAGAAUGGGGAUUUUACUACUGUUGUUGGUUUGUCUUGAUAAUAAACGUCAUUCUCUGAACAUCAGCCAUGCAGAAGGCUGAGUGCAAAACUUCACUGCUGUAUAGUGGGGAAGUUUGUUUUUCAUGUGCUAAAACUACGUGCCAGGUGAAUUAGAUAUUAUAAAGCCUGAAAAGAAGAGAGAGCCUGCUGUUAACUUAAAGGUGAUGCGAUAGUUUUUUGAAUUUGUCUAUCAUGAAAUAAAACUUUGGACCACUGACCCCA